AUGGCAAAUCCACCUUAUAUUCGAGACAUGCCUCCUCGGCCACCUCCACCCAUAAUUGAAGACAGACGAACAGAUUCCUAUUUAAAAUCAGUAUAUUAUCAAGGAUCACCUGAAUACCACAAUCCUCCGCCAAACUACCAAGCGCCACCACCAUAUGGAAUUAAUUACAUGAUCCCCCAUAGUCCUCCUAUACAAAAUCCUGUUUUAAGAGGUCCUCCACCACCAUAUCAAAUUCCACCUCAUGAAUAUCGUCCAGAACAAAAGCAAAAUUAUUUCUCAAAGGAAAAUAUAGAAAGCCUUCGAUCAAAUCCUAUGCAACCGUCAUUUAAACCGAAAAAAAAUAGUAAAAUUGUUGACAAUUUUUCAAACAGCGAUUAUGCUGAAGCUCCACCACAUGCGACUACAAAUGCUACUAAGAUAGAGCCAAAAGUUGUUCCGAAACAUCAAGAGCCAAAACCAGAAGAGCGAAAAGUUGAAAUUCCAAAACCAGAAAUAUCUCAAGAAGAAAAGGAGAAAAAUGAAAAAUUAUCAAAGUACUUUGAGCAAAUAUGUCCAAAUAAUGAAAUACCAAAGUAUAAACCUGUCGCUGAAGAAGAUCCUCAAAUUUCUACUUUAGUUCGAACCCUAGGUCUUUCAGAGUAUACUUCAGCUCCUUACUGGAGUGAUCUUAAAUCAAGUAACAUAACUUCUGCUAUUACAUCCCCCAUUUUAAGUAAUUUAGGACCGCAACAGCUCUACUACAACGUUUAA